CUAAACAAAUACUUGUUCAGACUUGGUCUCAUCUCUCUCUCUCUCUCUCUCUCUCUCUCUCUCUCUGUUUUCUCCAAGCUUCUUCGUUCCAAUUCAUACGGUUAGCUCUCCCAGGAGCUCCUCUACGAGCGACUGAGUCGAUCUGUUUGGGUCUGAGUCGCAGCCAUGGACGAAGAGUUCGAUUUCGCUGACAAGGUCCCUCCCUCCUUCGAUCGCAUGGGAAAUGUGAUCAAGGAUGCCGAAGCCAAAGGGUUCAACCCAGGACUGAUAGUGCUGCUGGUUGUUGUUGGGCUGUUGUUGAUAUUCCUUGUUGGAAACUAUGUACUUUACAUCUAUGCACAAAAAACCCUUCCUCCAAGGAAAAAGAAGCCGAUCUCCAAGAAGAAGAUGAGGAAGGAGAGACUGAAGCAAGGUGUUUCUGCACCUGGAGAGUAGAAUAUCAAGAUGUUCUCUUUCUUUUUCAUCUCAAUGUUGAACUAUUGUGGUCGGAAAUUGUCCUUCCUCUGUUUUUGAGAGAGUGUGCUAGAUGCUUUCCUUCAUCUCCCUGGUACUGAUUGGAGAUUCAACUUAAUCAUUAGAAGUAGUUAACUUUAUGUUCGGGUAGGCCAAGAAGUAAGAAUGCUUGUUUUCCAGACA